GCGGCGGCGGGCCGGUGGCGGGUCGGGCUGGCUGUGCUGGCCGUGGCGCUGGCGCUCGGCGGGACGGGGGCCGAGCAGACCGAGGAGCACCUCAAACGCGAGCACUCGCUUUCCAAGCCGUACCAGGGUGUGGGCUCGGCUAGCUCGGGGCUGUGGGACCUGCUGGGCAACGCCAUGGUCAUGACCCAGUUCAUCCGCCUCACCCCCGACGUGCAGAGCAAGCAGGGAGCCGUGUGGAACCGAGUGCCCUGUUACCUGCGGGACUGGGAGAUGCAGGUGCACUUCAAAAUCCACGGGCAAGGCAAGAAGAACCUGAAUGGAGAUGGUUUCGCCAUCUGGUACACCAAGGACAGGAUGCAGCCAGGACCUGUGUUUGGGAGCAAGGACAACUUCCUGGGGCUGGGAGUGUUCGUGGACACCUAUCCCAAUGAGGAGAAGCAGCAGGAGGCUCAGAAGAGGAGGUACAGCCCUGGAAACCAGCGCGUGUUCCCCUACAUCUCGGCCAUGGUGAACAACGGCUCGCUGACCUACGACCACGACCGCGACGGGCGCCCCACGGAGCUGGGCGGCUGCACGGCCAUGGUGCGCAACCUCAACCACGACACCUUCCUGGUCAUCCGCUACGUCAAGAGGAGGCUCACGGUGCUGAUCGACAUCGACGGCAAGCACGAGUGGAGGGAUUGCAUCGACGUGCCCGGCGUGCGCCUGCCCCGCGGGUACUACUUUGGGACAUCUUCUGUCACCGGGGACCUGUCAGACAACCACGACAUCAUCUCUCUGAAGCUGUACCAGCUGACGGUGGAGCGGACGCCGGAGGAGGAGAAGCGGGAUCGAGAAGUGUUCCUGCCUGUCGUGGACAACCUGAAGCUGCCUGGAAUGGAGGCACCGCUGGAGCCCAUGAGUGGCCUCGCCCUGUUCCUGAUCGUCUUCUUCUCGCUGGUGGCCAUCGUCUUCGCCAUCGUCAUCGGCAUCAUCGUCUACAACAAGUGGCAGGAGCAGAGCCGCAAACAUUUCUACUGACUGGGAAAUUCCUGGCCUAGCCCAUCCCGGGCUUUUGCUGGCCACAUCCUGACUCCCAGGGCGUGAGGGACCAGCCCUCAUGGCAGGGACCCCCCAAAUCCCUGCGGGACUCCGGAUCCGGGUGGGGAUCCCUUGCCUUCCCCGCUGGAUUCCUGCUGGAUUUCCUCGCUGGAGAGAGAGAAUUCCCAGCACCUCCUCCUGUGUGGCCACUGGAGCCCCCCACGAGCGAGCCCCUGCGGGCUGGGAGGAGCUGGGUGCUGCUGGUUCUCCCAGAGGGAUGAGUUUUCCCAGCUGGAUGGGCCGGGUGCUGCCCCCUCCUCACUUCAGGGGUUCCCACUCCCCCUUUCCCAGCAUGUGGCUGCCCCUGCAUGUGGUGUCCUGGCUCUGGCCCUCCGGGGCCAUUCCUACCUCAGGGACUGCUGGCCACUCCCUUUUCCCCUGGAGGGGUCACUGGGUCCCCAGAGGGGUCAGCAGAGGGCAAGGGUUGGAUCAGGAGUGCCCUGGGGACUCAGAGUUUGAGAUGGCAUCACCCUCCUCACCAGGAUCCAGGAGAGCCGAGUCCAGCCCUGUGGCUUUGCAGGAUAUUCCCACCCAAAACAAACCCCCCAAAAUCAUCUCAGUGGCCCUGGGGCCAGGGGAGGACUGGGGGGGGGAUUUUCCACACUGGCACCAGUGUGGUGGGAGCUGUUUCCAAGUGCUCAAGAGGGGGUUGUGGCACCCAAGGAACGUUUUCCUGGUGUUUUGCCUCUUUGGUUUUUCUUUCUUUUUUUUUUUUGGAGAUGGCCUCUCCCUGGAGUGGUUGGAAUAAACACUGAGGGUUGUGUG